AUGUAUCACCUGAAGACGAUCGCUAAGAACGCCACCAUCAAGCAGGAGGUAGCCACACUGGUGAAGGCCGUUGCGGCCGUCCAGCAGCCGAUGGUUGCGGUAAACCAGCAGCAACCGAAGCGCACGUAUGCCGAGCACCAGAUCCCGGAGCGCCUGAAGGAUGUGUCAACCGCGGCCAACCCGCGCUUCUUUGACAUGGUCGAGUACUUCUUCCACCGUGCCUGCCAGAUCUGCGAGGAUAAACUGGUCGAGGACAUGAAGGGCCGCGCCUCCAUGGACGAGAAGAAGAAGAAGGUGAAGGGUAUUCUGAUGCUGAUGCAGCCGUGCGAUCAUAUCAUCGAGAUUGCAUUCCCACUGCGGCGCGAUUCCGGCGACUACGAGAUGAUCACCGGCUACCGUGCCCAGCACUGCACCCACCGUACUCCGACCAAGGGCGGUAUUCGUUUCUCGCUGGAUGUGUCACGCGAUGAAGUGAAAGCCCUGUCCGCGCUGAUGACGUUCAAGUGCGCCUGUGUGGAUGUACCGUUCGGUGGCGCAAAGGCCGGCGUCAAAAUCGAUCCACGUAAGUACUCCGAGCACGAGCUGGAGAAGAUUACCCGCCGUUUCGCGCUGGAACUGUCGAAGAAGGGUUUCAUUGGCCCGGGCAUCGAUGUACCGGCCCCGGACAUGGGAACGGGUGAGCGUGAAAUGUCGUGGAUUGCUGAUACGUACGCCAAGACCAUCGGUCACCUGGACAUUAACGCGCACGCCUGCGUUACCGGCAAACCGAUCAAUCAGGGCGGUAUUCACGGACGUGUAUCCGCUACGGGUCGUGGUGUGUUCCACGGACUGGACAACUUCAUCAAGGAAGCGAACUAUAUGGCUCAGAUCGGUACUACCCCCGGCUGGGGUGGCAAGACGUUCAUCGUCCAAGGUUUUGGUAAUGUCGGUCUGCACUCGUGCCGGUAUCUGACGCGUGCCGGAGCCACCUGCAUCGGUGUCAUUGAGCACGACGGAUCGAUCUUCAACCCGCAAGGUAUCGAUCCGAAGGCGCUGGAAGAUUACAAGAACGAAAAGGGCACGAUCGUUGGCUACCCUGGUGCGCAGCCGUACGAGGGCGAAAACCUGAUGUACGAACAGUGCGAUAUCUUCAUUCCGGCUGCCGUUGAGAAGGUGAUCACUGCUGACAAUGCUGGACGAAUUAAUGCCAAGAUCAUUGCUGAAGCUGCCAACGGACCGACCACGCCCGCAGCCGACAAGAUCCUGAUCGAUCGCAACAUCCUCGUGAUUCCGGAUCUGUACAUCAACGCCGGUGGUGUGACGGUGUCGUUCUUCGAAUGGCUGAAGAACUUGAACCACGUCUCGUACGGUCGUCUGACGUUCAAGUACGAGCGUGAAUCGAACUACCAUCUGCUCGCCUCCAUUCAGCAAUCGUUGGAACGAUUCGUAUUUAGCGACGAAGAGAAAUCUGUACAGGCCUCGCUGGAACGUCGUUUCGGUAACGUCGGUGGCAAGAUCCCGGUAACGCCCUCGGAAGCAUUCCAGAAGCGCAUCUCCGGUGCCUCGGAGAAGGACAUCGUGCACUCCGGUUUGGACUACACGAUGGAGCGUUCGGCCCGUGCUAUCAUGAAGACGGCCAUGAAGUACAAUCUAGGCUUGGAUCUGCGCUCCGCCGCCUACGUCAACUCGAUCGAGAAGAUCUUCCAGACGUACCGCGAUGCCGGACUCGCCUUCUAA